GCUGAAAACUUGAAGAUUUUGAGUAAACUAUAGAUAAACCCUUCUGGAAAAAUGGACACUCAUUUUCUGGAUAGCCAUAAACCCCCAAGAAAGCAGAGAGGAAUAAACACUUGACUAUGCUUGGCGCCUUUCUUCUUUCAUGGCUGCCGUUUUCUACAGCCCCAAAAACGCUAUCCCUUUAUCCCUUCUCCCUCCUCGACCCUUUAACCUUCAUUCUCUUUCCACCUGCACUUCAAGCCUAACAACUACCAAGAAAACCAAAUGUAAGCAUAAACCCUCUUUGUUCCUUCAGAACCCUUCAAAAUCUCAUCUUGUGCAACCCCUUUUGACCCCUCAGCAAUUUAAGGACUCUAACGGGUCAGUUGAUUCUGAAACUGAUUGUAUUGAUUAUGCCAAUUUGCUUCGGAUUUCUGUUAGGUGUGGUGAUGUUGAGCUUACCAAGAUAAUUCAUUCUUCACUUGUCAAAUUUGAAGAAGAGGAUGUUUAUUUAAAAAAUGCUUUAAUUGCAGCUUAUAUCAAAUUGGGUUGCUUGAAUCUUGCUGAAAGAGUUUUUGAUUCGCUUAGGAGCCCUGAUGUUGUGUCAUACACUGCAAUUAUAUCAGCUUUUGCCAAGUCGAAUCGUGAAAGAGAAGCCUUUGAGCUGUUUCUUGAAAUGAAGGAUUUAGGUAUUGAACCAAAUGAAUUUACAUAUGUUGCUAUUUUGACUGCUUGUAUUCGUUCAUUGAAUCUUGAGUUGGGUUGUCAAGUACAUGGUCUUGUUAUCAGAUUGGGUUAUUCGAGUUAUACUUAUGUGGUCAAUGCACUUAUGGGGUUGUAUAGUAAGUGUGGCUUGUUGGAGUUUGUUGUUCUCUUGUUUAAUGCUAUGCCACAAAGGGACAUUGUUUCAUGGAACACUGUGAUUGCUUGUAUGGUUGAACACUCCAUGUAUGAUAGAGCAUUUGAAAUGUAUAGUGAGUUGCGCAGAAAUAAAUGCUUGAUAGCUGAUCAUUUUACUCUUUCGACGCUUUUGGCUGCAUCUUCUCACUGUUUGGCGGUGAGAGAAGGCCAAGAACUUCAUAGGCAUGCUCUUAAAAGAGGAUUUCAUGGCAAUUUGAGUGUGAAUAAUGCACUUAUAGGCUUUUACACUAAGUGUGGAACCUUGAAGAAUGUAGUGGAUGUGUUUGAGAGGAUGCCUGUAAAGGAUGUCUUUAGUUGGACUGAAAUGAUUGUGGCAUAUAUGGAAUUUGGGCACGUUGAUUUGGCGAUGGAGAUUUUUAACAGCAUGCCUGAGAGAAAUUCUGUUUCUUAUAAUGCUCUUUUGGCUGGAUUUAGUCAAAAUCAUGAAGGGUUUAAGGCACUGGCGUUGUUUUGUAGAAUGUUGGAGGGGGGAAUGGAGUUGACAGAUUUUACAUUGACCAGUGUUGUUAAUGCUUGUGGUUCAGUGAUGGAGAGGAAGAUAAGCGAACAGAUUCAUGCGUUUAUCCUCAAGUGUGGUUUAAAAUCAAAUGAUCGUAUUGAGACGUCAUUGAUUGAUAUGUGCACGCGGUGUGGGAGAAUGGAUGAUGCUGAAAAGAUAUUUGAUGAUCUGCCACUUGACCAUGAUAAUUCAAUUGCAUUGACAUCAAUGAUAUGUGCAUAUGCUAGAAAUGGACAACAAGAAGAAGCUAUUUCUCUGUUCUUGGUUAGACAUUCAGAAAAAUCACUAGUUGUUGAUGAAGUUGCAUUGGCCACUAUUCUCGGUGUUUGUGGAACACUAGGGAUUCUGAAGUUAGGGGAACAAAUCCAUUGCUAUGCCUGGAAACAUGGUUUAAUGUCUGAUACCGGUGUUGGGAAUGCCAUGAUCAGCAUGUACUCGAAGUGUGGUGAAAUGCAAAGUGCAGUUAAGACCUUUGAGGCUAUGCCUACACAUGAUUUAGUAUCAUGGAAUGGUUUAUUGACUUGCUAUGUCCUUCAUAGGCAGGGGGAUGGGGCAUUGGAUACGUGGGCGAAGAUGGAGAGAUUAGGAGUAGACCCCGAUUCUAUCACUUGUGUCCUUGUAAUAUCAGCUUAUAGACACACUUCCACAAAUUUAGUUGAUUGUUGCCAAAAGUUCUUUUCCUCUAUGCAAUCCUCAUAUAACGUAAACCCCACCUCGGAGCAUUAUGCAGGUUUUGUAGGUGUCUUAGGCUAUUGGGGUCUGCUCGAAGAAGCAGAAAAGAUAAUUAAUGCAAUGCCGUUUGAACCAAAGGCUUCUGUUUGGCAUGCUUUGCUUGAUGGUUGUAGGUUACAUGUGAAUGCUAUCAUUGGAAAAAGGGCCAUGAAGAAUAUACUUUCCAUUGUCCCACAGGAUCCUUCUACUUUCAUACUAAAGUCAAAUCUUUACUCAGCAUCUGGAAGAUGGCAGUGUUCGGAACUUGUUAGGGCGGAGAUGAGGGAGAAGGGUAUCCAAAAAAUACCAGGACGCAGCUGGAUCAUAUUUGGCGACAAGGUUCACUCCUUCUUUGCUAGAGACAAAUUGCAUUCACAGUCAAAAGACAUAUACAGUGGCUUACAAAUACUUAUUUUGGAGUGUCUGAAAGCUGGAUAUGUACCUGAUACAAGUCUUGUGCUUCAUGAAGUGGAGGAGCAUCAGAAGAAAGACUUCUUGUUCUACCACAGUGCAAAACUAUCUGUAACCUUUGGGCUUCUUAUGACUAGACCUGGAAAACCUGUUCGCGUUAUGAAGAAUGUGCUUCUCUGUGGUGACUGCCAUACAUUCUUCAAAUAUGUUUCUGUUAUCACCAAGAGAGAUAUACACGUAAGAGACGCUUCAGGUUUUCAUCAUUUUGUAAAUGGUAAAUGCUCGUGCGGGGAUAAUUGGUGCUGAGAAAAGAUAUAUUUUGAUAUUUUUAGCUGUAGUCUUACAUUGUCGUUUUCAAGUUUCUUGUAGCUAAUAUUUUUAAACCUGUUGUUAGAUAUACAACAAUUAGAAUGUAUUUACACCAUGUAAAGAACUUCUGAUCAAUCAGUUUAACAAUAAUUCUUUUCUCUGGUCUAUAAAGUUUGAGAAAAGCACAAGACUUUGCA